CUAAGUGUAAUUCAUACAAAUUUAAAUACCACAUCUGGGUAGCGGCUACUCUACUGGACAGUGCAGCUCCAGUUUUUAAUAACGUCGUCUUCAUCUUCAUCAACUAAUUCUUGAUAUUUUUCAUCUUUUUGUGAAAUGAGGAUCCCAACCUCCAGCGUAUCAGAAGACCAGGAAUCUUCAGAAGAACAAGUUUCAGGUAAUGGGCUAAUAGGGAGAGGAGUGAAGGGCAUGUGGAUUGAUGGAAAUGUUCUGUGGUUUUAUGUGGAGAAGACAAUUUAGAGUCUUUUGCGCAGUGAAGAGAUCAGGAGUGAUUUUCCUUACCUCAGCCACAGUGCACUGUGCAGUUUAAAUGGGGACAUGUAAGCCUCUCACCGCUGGGGCACGGAAAUGCUCAGGGGAACCAGGGGAUGGUCCUGGUGGCUGGGGACAGCAGCAGGGACUAGGAAGGAUGCACACUGUUUCACCUUGCAGAAAAGCUCGAUCCUCUUCUGACCUGGACUUGCCUCACCAGCAGAAGGUGUCAUCUGCUCUUUGGGGCCAGUAGAAAUGUAGGUGCAUUGGUUCCAGUCCUCAGCAAACGGUGCCUCCCACCAAAGCUGUCCAGCCUGGCUUCCCAGAAAGCCCUAUGGAAUUUGGGGUAUACUUUUAGUCAUGAGCAAAACUCCAUAUUCUGGUCACUCGUUCUCUUUCAAUAUCUGUAUCCCAACAGCACCUGUGCAAUUCAGCCUCCAGGAGUCCUUCAGGCCAUGCCUCUUCCAACCCUUUACCUCUUAUGUGUCUAGUAUCUUUUUUUCAGGAGCUGUUUACUCAGAAAUGCAUCAGAUGAUUUCCUCUAUUUAUGCUGAACUCCAUUUUAUGUUCAAACAAGAUUAUAAAUAUGAUCAGUUUCUGGGGCCUGAAGGAAAUGUGGAUGUUGAGUUGAUCAAUAAGAGUGCAAACAAAUACAGCCUUCGGUUCCCCACUGCUGGCUGGUAUCUGUGGUCAGCCACCGGCCUCGGCUUCGUGGUAAGGGAUGCGGUCACGGUGACGAUUGCGUUUGGUUCCUGGAGUCAGCACCUGGCCCUGGACCUGCAGCACCAUGAACAGUGGCUGGCGGCCGGCCCCCUGUUUGCCGUCACUGCAGAGCCAGAGGAGGCUGUGGCCGAAAUCCACCUCCCCCACUUCAUCUCCCUCCAAGGUGAGGUGGAUGUCUCCUGGUUCCUCGUGGCCCAUUUUAAGGAUGAAGGGAUGGUCCUGCAGCGUCCAUCCCGGGUGGAGCCUUUCUAUGCUGUCCUGGAAAACCCCAGCUUCUCCCUGAUGGGCAUCCUGCUGCGGAUCGCCAGGGGGACUCGCCUCUCCAUCCCCAUCACCUCCAACACGUUGCUCUAUUUUCACCCCCACCCCGAAGACAUUAAGUUCCACUUGUACCUUGUCCCCAGCGACGCCUUGCUGACGAAGAUGAUAGAUGAUGAGGAAGAGCGCUUCUGUGGUGUGCGUCUACAGACUUCACCCUCAAUGCAACCCCUGACCUUUGGUGCCCAUUAUAUUGUGUCUAAUUCUGCUCAUCUGGAAAUAAUACCCACGGAGUUGAAAUUGUCCUACAGGAGCCCUGGAGAAAUCCAGCCCUUCUUGAAAUUCUAUGCUGGGCAGAUGAAGGAACCCAUUCAACUUGAAAUUACUGACAAAAGACAUGGGACUUUGGUCUGGAAGACUGUGGUGAAGCCAGUGGAUAUCCAGCUUGGAGCUGCAUCAGCCCCUCGUACCUUCUCAGAUGUGAUAAAGAAGCCUAGAGGACCCCCAGUGGAAGAAACACGUAAAAAACUACACAGACUGCUUCGUAAGAUUUCGUAAGAUUUCAAGAUUCUUUUCAUGGCAAGACAUAAUACAGUAACAUUCGGAUGGAGAGGAGGCCAUCGACACCCAGGGAGCCACACAGAGGAGGCUGCUCCUGAAGAAAUGUAAUAGCAAGCUGGCACUGCAGAAGAGGGGGUUUUUGUAUAGGACACUUUAGGUGGGGUUAGCUAGGUUUCAAGGGCUUUCCAUGGAUUGGCUAAUUUGCAUAAUUCUGCAGGUUAUGGGACAUGGGGGCUAUUUCUAGUUGUUUGGUACAUGGGCCAAGGGCCAUUGGGGUGAGUGCAUUAUGGCCCCGGAGUGUGAAGCCAAAUAAGAAGAGAAGUGUUGGAGGUUGAUUUAAUCAGCUGCUCGAGAAGCACUGAAAGGCCGCCACCCACGGCUUCAAAACUGGGCAGGACAACAUUGAAAGACAUAAAGGGAGACAGACAGAGAGAUCAACAGGUGUAGAACCAGUGGUUGUCAAUUUCAGGGGAAAUUUUUGUUAGAAAAUAAGGAGUGAGUUUGUCAUUACUUUUUUUUUUU